AUGAAUAGUGAGCUGACAUUCCGCCUAGCUCAAACCAGCGACUUUGACGAGAUCCUAAAACUAUCAGAGGGGGUCUAUGAUGGUCAAGACUAUCUUCCCCUCAGAUUUCAUAAAUGGAUGCAAAUGAUCAACGUUGCAGUGAUGUUAGCUCACACAAGUGGAAAGCUCAUUGGUCUGGUUCAGUGUUCGGUUGUUGACGAUGGAAGAACAGCGGUACGACGAGCCGCCAGGAUAUCACCAGAGUUUCGUGGUCAGGGUGUUUACAAACGGCUAUCAGAAGCAAUGAACGAGUUCGUGCGAAGACAUUACCCAGCUGUACAGCGAGAGAUGUUUACAUCAACUAUGUGUCAUUUUCCCGCAAGAGAAAUUACAGAGAUGAGAAGUAUAAGGACUUCAGCUGUAAAUAAGAGUCUUUUUGCGCUCGAUUCUCUCAAAGUUAAUUUCUCAGACCAGGUAGAGCCUUGUAUGAAAGAGUACCUCUGUGACGUAAUCUUCACAAGUCCUUUUGCACGGAGAUUGUUUCCAUACAACUCCAUUAUACUUGAUUGGAUUCCCAUGGAGCCUUUAAGAUCAAACAUCGAUCAUUUCCAACAUGAAAUUGGUCAUGAAUUCUAUUUCGCUGUCGAUAAAUGUGGCGGAGAUGCCAUUCCCAGAUCUGUCAGUUUUGGUGUGCUGUCACCAAGGGUAGGAUGCCCUGUUUGGAGUGUCACGAUUUAUACGAGUGACCCAACCCUGUACGAAGCUCACGUUAUGCAUCAACUACAGCAUGCAUUCGAGGUUGCUGAUGGCGAUUUUUUUAUUUCUUUUAUUCAAGACAAAAGUUUAUCAAAAGAAGGGAGAAGACUCGUCAGGGAAUGUUUGCCCCAAGUUGAAUUUGACGAAGCAUGGUCAACUUUCUUCCUCUGUGAAAAUUCAAUCCCAAGAGGAGCGACUAAUUAA